CUGUCUGCUUAUUGCUCUGUUCUCCAUUUUGUAGGCUAUGUUUUUCCUGGAGGUUAGCGCCUACUUUUGUAAUGGCAAGCUGCGCAUCAACAUAGUUUAACCAGUUUAACGCGGUUUGCUGACGGGUUUCGCUUGCACCACAAGACACAGAUAACCGACAAACAGUAUCAGCUCUGUGUGCGUUUGUCCUUUUAUCUCGUUAUGCAGACGGGACACGACGCGUCGAGGAGACACGUUAACAAACAUUGAGUCCGUGUUGCGUGCUGUGGACUGGGGCUGCCACUUUCUACCAAAACAAUGUUGACUAACGACGUGUCGACACUUAAAAAAAGGCAGUCAUUUCAAGGAUGGACAAAGGUAGAGUGAAGAAGAAAACCUAUAGAAGAGAUGAGCGUUUGAGCAAAUUGGUCUACACUGAAAGCCAGGAGGAGGGAGGUCUGUUGAAAGUGGCUCCCCACAGUGCUAUGUCCAUCACCUCAGUCAUUCCUCCACCCAGCCCGUUCAUGCAGCCAGGACAAGUACCCAACGGCCUCAGCAACAGCCCCCUUCCAGAGGAACGCACCCCUGUCGCUAUCAUUGCCACAGCCAUACUAAGCCCCUCGUUGGAAGACCCAGAGCCCAGGGGCCUGACCAAAGAUCACAGAAAUCAGCAACAGCAGUUGCUCCAUACACAGACCUCCACAGCAUUUGGGCAUCAAACCUUGGGUGACAAUUUGCCUCAGUUGGAUGCCAAAAUAGCAGACAUUACCCAGUCCUCCAUGGAUUCCCUUAUUGGGGGAUCAGAUCCUAGCUUCUUCCACAUGAAAACAGAGGAUUUCUCCAUGGAUAGAGACCAGGAUCCCUCUGACCUUGAUCAUGCAUUUGAUCACAUUGGGAAAGAUGUGGACAUUAGCCAAAAGUUGUUCAGUGACAAUGCUCUGGACCUACUCCAAGACCUUGAGCUCACUGUGUCCCCCUCAGAUUUCUAUGUAGGGGACGAUGCGUUCCUGUCGACUCUGGCAGAUGAUUCUCUGCUAGGGGAUGUUUGCUCAGAAAGAGACAUAAAGUCUGCCAUGCUUGAGAACAGUAAUGGCAGUGGUGCUGUCUCUGUUGCUCUCAAUGGCAGCAUUAUGGCAAGUCCAGAUCAGUCCAGCAUUAACAUAUCCACAGCCUCCCCCCAAACCUUUAUGACCACUCUGUCUGCAUUGGUGAAGAAAGAAAAAGAUGAUGACUUUAUUCAGCUCUGUACCCCAGGUGUGAUCAAACAGGAGAAGACAUCUGCUGGCCAGAUUAAUUGUCAGAUAAGUGGCUCAUCCUCCACAGUUUUGCCCAACUCAAACCCCAUUUCAAUCUGUGGUGUCAGCACAUCAGGAGGACCGUCCUACCACUUUGGAGUCAACACAAGUCAAAGUGGUGAAGCUCAGCAGCAGAAGGAUCAGAAGCCAAUGUCCAAAGUGUUUCUUCCAGUGACAACAAUCAGUGGAAAUUGGAACAGAGGCCAGGGUGCAGUUAGCGCGGGCCUUAUGCAGAGGGCGAGUGACUGCUUCUCAAGCUCCCCUACCUUCUCCACCAGCUUUGCAUGUUCUACCUCCAGACAGGAAGGGGCCACUGCCACAACCUCUGGCCAGGUAAAGAGUGCAACUCAUAAAAUCUGCCAAGUGUGCUCCGAUGAGGCUUCAGGCUGCCACUAUGGUGUUCUCACGUGCGGCAGCUGUAAGGUCUUCUUCAAGAGAGCGGUGGAAGGGCAGCAUAAUUACCUGUGUGCUGGGAGGAACGACUGCAUAAUAGACAAGAUCAGGAGAAAGAACUGCCCGGCCUGCCGCUUCCACAAGUGUCUGAUGGCAGGCAUGAACUUGGAAGCUCGCAAAACCAAGAAGAUGAACCGCUAUAAGGGCAACCAACAGGGCAACCAGCCCCAGGUGACACCGCCACCUCCACCAGUUGAAGCCUGCACCCUGGUUCCCAAGGGUAUGCCUCAACUGGUUCCCACAAUGCUGUCCCUGCUGAAGGCCAUCGAGCCAGAGACCAUCUACGCCGGCUACGACAGCACCCUGCCCAUCACCUCCACACGCCUCAUGACGACCCUGAACCGAUUGGGCGGCCGACAGGUCAUCUCAGCUGUCAAGUGGGCCAAAUCUCUGCCAGGUUUCAGGAACCUGCACCUGGAUGACCAGAUGACCCUGCUGCAGUGCUCAUGGCUCUUCCUCAUGUCAUUCAGUCUGGGCUGGAGGUCUUAUCAACAGAGCAAUGGCAACAUGCUCUGUUUUGCACCUGACCUCGUCAUCAAUGAGGAGCGAAUGAAGUUGCCGUACAUGGCUGACCAGUGUGAGAUGAUGCUGAAGAUUUCCAGCGAGUUUGUGCGACUGCAGGUUUCCCACGACGAGUAUUUGUGUAUGAAGGUCCUGCUGCUGCUCAGCACAGUGCCCAAGGACGGUCUGAAGAGCCAGGCUGUGUUUGAAGAGAUUCGGAUGAACUACAUCAAGGAGCUGGGGAAAGCCAUUGUGAAGCGUGAGGAGAACUCCAGCCAGAACUGGCAGCGUUUCUAUCAGCUCACCAAGCUGCUGGACUCCAUGCAUGAGAUGGUUGGAGGACUUCUCGACUUCUGCUUCUUCACCUUUGUGAAUAAAUCCCUGAGUGUGGAGUUCCCAGAAAUGCUGGUGGAGAUCAUCAGCAACCAGUUACCAAAAUUCAAAGCCGGGAGCGUCAAACCCCUCCUCUUCCACCAGAAAUAACUGUGACCCCCCAUAACGGACACAAUGCCUUAAAAAGAAGUCCUACCACGCCACCGAACCACCACCACACAUCGCCCUGCAACGUUGUGCAGUGGCUGACAGGUCUGUAGGGAGAGACUGGACAUGUUUGUUUGUAUAGGAACCAGACGGUGAGAGCAGUGUUUUGAUUUUGAUUUUUUUUGUUUAGUUUUUUUGUCCAAGGUGUAGUGUAUAACAACAAGUAGGAAUUAUUUGUAAGGUAAACAGAUAAUCACACAGAGAAAUAGGCUAACAUCCAUCUUGUCUCAGGUUUCUUACCUUUAAACACAGAACAAUAUCUAAAGUAGAUUAAACAAUUAUCUAUGUACAGGCGCUGAUAUUUUCUACAUUUUCCAAUCGUAACAGUUUUUACAGUUUCCCAGGUUACUUAGUUAAUAACAUGCUCUUCAGUAGGCUUUUUGACUGUAGGUUCCUCUUUAGUUUUUCGAGGAGUUUUGUUAACGUAAUGUUUUGUCUGUCAUAGGGGAUAAAAAAAAACAAAAAAACAUCUUCAGUCAUGUAAAAGCUAUUUUCUGAUUUGCUUUGAUACUAUGGACAAACCAAACAGUUCUGUGGGGCUGUUAAGACACAACCAUUCAAAGGAUUUCACCCACUCACUAACCUCUUCCAGGUGUACACAGGUCUGCUAUAAAAGGGAAAAUGAUGUGCCUUGUUUGCUUCAAACGUCAUCUUUAGCCAUUUUCUUCCUACAUGUCCAAGGCGUGCUUCUCAAACACCCACCAUGGUCUUCCUCCAUCAUAUGUUGAUUGUACUUUUUAUAUCACAUGCAGUUAGAAGUUUUCCAUGUUCUCGCCCCCCCCCCCCAACCAUUUGAAAGCGGCAGCUCACAAUUCAUGCAUCGAAAAUGGUCCUUAUUCUUGAGAAGGUCUGCCUCAUUCCCCCUUCAUGUUGAACUCCACGUGUAAGUGCCAGUCGAGCACUUAGUUCCCCGCUAAAGGCUUUAAAAGACUGUGAAGAAAGACUGUUAUGAUGUAUAGGCUCUAGAGGUGGGGUUUAAUUGGAGUUCCUAUAGGGAACUAUUACAUGUAAUGCAAUGUAAUAUAGGGCACAGUCCCUAUUAAUAUUUGAUUAGCCCCCAAUUUACCCCAAUAGUCUGAUAGAAUGUAAUAUUUUGAGCGUCUACCAAUCAGAAAUUGGAGGGCAUGUAAGUAAGUCAUGUUUAAUUUGGAAAGAAGCCCGACCAGGUCCAGUGUGUAAGAAUUGGUGACUUCUACAGAUUGCGAUAAACGGAGGCUCCUCCCCCUCUGUCUCCCAUGUGAGUCAGAGAGGACAGUUAGAGGUCAUAUCUCAGUGACACAAGAUGGCGGCCUCCAGAAAAGCAAAUCCCUUGGAUAAACUACAUAUAAAGGUCUUGUUCUAACAUGAAGACCAGGUCAUUUUUAUUUUUAAGCGAUUGUUAACUUGGUGUUGGUCGAAUAUUCAGUAUCUGCCAAUGAAUUCUGUUAUGUUACACACUGGACCUUUAAAGUCCCUUUUAAAGGAAUAGUUUACCAUUUUUAGGAAAUAUGAAUUAAGUCUCCAGAGUUGCAGUCACCAGAUUCUUCACUGAGCUUUAAACCUACUAUUCUGACCCCACUAAGAGAUGACGCACUCCUGCAGCACAGGCAGUGCAAUAGUCACCGUUUUUCAUGGGAUUGUGUGUCUGCGUUUUCGCUGGUGCGGGUGUUGUACUGGAGUCUUCACCAGUUGCCUGGUAACUGGUUUUCCUCUUAAAAAUAGUCAGACACGCGCACACACAAACCCUUCCUUCUUCAGAAUUUCCAUCCAACAUUUCCUCCAGUGUUGAACUAUUCCUUCCAAGUGAAGCGUUUUUAUGAUGAACAGCACUUUUGGCUCGGCUGUUGGUAGAUUGAUAAUCUUGUAAAUCUCCCAGUGCUGCUGAUAAACCCUCUCACCACUCUGCUUUAACCCCUCUUGCUCUUCUAACGCCCUGUAGGCACCUUGUCUUUAUAUCUGUGUGUCUCUUAAUGCUUUUACAUGUUUGUUUGUCCUUCAGUGUGUCAGAAAACCCCGAUGUUGGAAAAGCACUUAGCUUCAGUCACUUCACAAAGUCACACUUGAGUGAACAUGUAGCGUCACUUACUGGGAAGGCAGGCAAAAUGGAUCCUUUAUUCUCUGGGAACUAUUUCAGUGCCAAACUCCUGUUUUGUCUGUUUUUCUGUGAUGUUAAAAGGUGUGUGUGUUUGAGACGCCGGAAACAAAGUCCCAGCAUUGAAGCUGGUAAAUUAGAGUGAAAAGUAUUUGUGACACAGAGCAUUGAAUAGUGUUCUGUGUACUCACUGAAUGACACAGGUCUGUCAGUAUCCCGAAUUUGCGUGUGGUACAAGUGGUUGGAACAUUUUCAUCAGUUGAGUUUUGUCCGUUUGUCACUGGUGUGUAACUUGGCUGUUUCUGUUCAAAGCACAAAAUAAUCCAGGUUUUAAUGUGAAUGUGACACUUUUUAAUCUAGUUUCACAGCUAAUUGGACGUAUAGGUGGCGCCAGCCGCGCUCUCGCGUUUUAUAGUCGGAAAAAAUGUCAAAACAUCCUAACAACUAACAUAAAAGCACUAAUGAUCGUUAGGCCACUCCCACACUCAGGUUGUCUAAACUUUGUCUGAGUCACUCGGUAUGUGGUCGUCCCAUGUUUGACCGUAGAUGUCCUAACGUAGAACCAAAAAGAAAAAAAAAGGAAAAGUUCCACGAUUGUGCUGUCACUGCUGACCUUCACACCCACGUUUAGCGAAAAUCACACUUUUUAACUUCUCAGUUUCUCCGGAAAAUCUUCUCUUCAUUAACUGCAAAGGGUUUGCUCAUGGGUUACUUUCACAUCCAGUGUAUCCAACUCUCUGCUGCUGCUCAUUUAAACAGGUCGAUAUAUUUAUAUCUUAUGUAUGAAAUCACACACUUUGCCUCUUCUUGCUCAAAAAUGUAUCCGUGCUUGCUUUGUACAUUUUUGAGCAGGGCAACUAAUAUGCAAUAGAAAUGACAGAUAAUCUUAUCACCAUAAUGACACAUGUUUGUUUUUUGUGUGUGUGUUUUUAUAAAUUUUAUUUCUGAUAUAAGCUAUUUGCAUCCAGGAGAUUCACAUUAAACUUCAGGAAAAGACACCUCGUCAGUGAACAGUCCACACAGACUGCACAAUAACAUAAGCCUAUUUGAUGUUUGACUACAAGGUGACCAAAGCAAGUACAAACUCAACAUGUCAGUGUAAGCUCAGUAGCACAUAGAUGACGAAUGUACAGUCCUGUACGUUUUUGUUAAAUCCUAAUUUUUAUUUUUAUUUUUUUUAAAACACAUUUUUCACUCUAACGUGAUGGCUUUGGUCAAAUUGUGUAAUACUGUGAAUAGGAUAGGAGUCGAAUCUUUUUUUCACACACAAACUGUUUGUGAAAGUAAUCAACCAGCUUGAAUCUAAAAGAGAAAAAAAUUUGCACUACCCAAAUAUUGUUUGAAAAUCUAUUUUGUAUAAAAUAUAUGCAGACAUUAACUUUUGAGAAUUAUCAAGGGCAGAUCAUGUUUCACCGAUAUAUGCUUUCUCUAAAAACAAAAGGCUUUGUUUUGCUUAAUGAAAAUCAAUUAUGUACAUAUAAUCCAUGUAAAGAAAAUGUGGUGUUCCCAAAUAAUAGCUUUUCUAUACGUACCCUCUGUAUUAUUUCUCGUCUAUAGUGUGACUCCUGUUGAUUAAAGGUCUCUGUAUGUCUUUGUGUGGUACCUCUCAAAACAUGGAACUGUUUGACGAUAAAGAAUUAAUAAUGGAAACGGUUGUAGCUUGUUGAAAGCCACUUCUCAUGAUCACAGCAAGCACCAUUCAAUAAAAGCGCUUUUCCAUUCUG